CUAACCAGCGCCCCCCGGUUGGGUAAGCAGUAAGCCUGGGCACCAGUCCUGGCAGAAGGCUCCGGAGACGGAAUUUUCAACUAGGUGGACACUCCCCAAAAUUUGGGGCACGUGCACCUUUCCUGACGGUGUGUUGCGCCAGUUCACAGGUUGCUAGCCCCACUCCCUCUGCAAGGCGGGAGUGUCCGUGUGAGCAGCCACCUUCACUGCCGAGGUCCUGUUUCAGGGCUCCCCCGCGUAGGGUAGAAUGAGGCAGGCCAGGGUUCAAGGCAGUGCCUGAACUCAGAGCCGCUUCCUCAAAGUAGGAAAGCCACUGAGGACUGGUGUCCCAGGACGCACCGAGGCCCCACUGUGCACCUGUCCCCGUCUGUCCCCCUCCAUCACCCAGGCCUGGCAGCUCCUAACACGGGCACCACCCCUGCUGCUUGGGACAACGGCCCCUCCUGGUUUUUCAGGGCUCCUCAGGCUGCUGAGCAGAGGUGUGGCCUGUCUCUGUUCCCAGCUUUCCUGUCAGCUCAUCUUCCCUGUGGCCUGGCCUCCCACGCACAGGCCUCCCCUCCAAACCCGUGGCCUGCAGGGCCCUCUCUGCCCGCGUGCUGGUUCACUGGUCAGCCACCGGGGACCAGGCCUGCACCUGCUCUUGCAGCAGGGCCUCAAGGCUGUGUCUGCGUGACUCCUACAGAGCUGGCAUCUCGGGCGUUUGCCGGUACCAAUAAGGAAGAAACCGGAGAUCCCCAAAGUACUAGCUCAGGGCCCAGAGCAGAGGGUGCCUCCUCGGUUUUCCAAGCCAGCAAGGAGAGAUGCCCAGAGGGGUGUUCAGGCCAGACCCGCGGCCACCAGACGUCCUCCUCCAUCACGCCCAGGGGUCUGCGGGUCAGACAGCUGUGGGUUCCCUUCUCUCAGCCUUCUCCAGCACUUCCACGCUCCCGUGCUGAGCCCAUAACCCUGCCCCAAGAGCCUCCCGACACAGCUCAAGCAGAGCACGACACGACCGGGAGGCGGCCAAGAGGUCUCCAAGGGUUGGAAAUUGGCAAGUCUAGGAAAGCAUCUUCUUGAAAUAUAAUUAUUGAAGCCCAGAGGGGAUCUUGGAAGAAAAUGGCUUUUCUUUUAUGCAUAAGAGCAUCUGCAAGGACUGUCACCCGGCUGAGGACACACAGCUGGGGCCAAGGGGAGAGAGAGAGAGAGCGCCUGGAAAUCGCUAAGUCCCUAGGAACCGGGAUGGGGCAGAGAACCCUAAAGGGCUCCAGCCCCUGGGGGCCUCCCAGUGGACGCUCAGACACGUCCUGCACGUCCACCAGUCUCUCACUCUGUCCUCGGCCGGCACUCCCUGGGUCUCUCCUGCCCUGUGGGAGGCGGCUACUGUACCAGGCCCUUCUGACAGGCUGGCCCCAGGGCCCCCCAUGAGGCAGCAGAGGCCCGGACGGCAGUGCAACACCACCAAGUCCACAAAUGGAUCCAGCUUUGACCACGAGACUCUGUCCUUGCGAACCUCAGCCUCGCUCUCCUCUAAAGGGUACGGCUUUUGGGGCCCAAGAGGUGAUCCCUCCGCAUUGGAAGAAGUGACCACACAGCUUGGUUCCCUCUGAAGGCUUCCCAGCGCACAGCCAGCCUCAUGUGUGGGAUGUCAGCUCAGCUUUUGGGUCCUCUCAGGCUUUUCUGGAGGGAAACGUCUGGCCUGUCUGGAGGCUGCCCUCUCUGGGAUGUGCGCGCAGCCAAGCUCGAGGACAGGGGCCCUGCACAGCUGUGGACGCAUACACAGUGACAAUUUGAGUCGCUAUGGGCUUGCCCCGGGCGGGGAGCUUGGGGCUGCCAUUUCUCAGGCCAGCCCCACUGUGCGCUCUAACCUGGUGUGGGGCCCAGCACCCUCCUGUGGGCCAGCUACUCCCUGCCACCACCAGGCUGGCUGCUCAUCUGCUCUCCUCUCGGGCGCCCGCCAGCCCACAGGCCUGGAACCGUGCUGCCCUCCAAGCCAUACUGGUCUCUCCAUCCCAUGGGAACAGGACCAGGAAGGGGAGCAGGCACUUGAAAGACUGGCCCUGUUCUCCUGAUGUGGAGGCUUUCUUCGUUCUGACUGCAAUUAGAAAACAAAACAAACACACACAAAACCCCUCAGAAAGGGAGGGUACGUGAGUCACCUUUAUAGAAAAAGCCAGAAGAAAGUUACAGCGGGCUCCAUCUCGGACAACCCCAAGCAGGUGCGAGGUCUCUGGCCCGGAGAGCUGCCUCCCUUUUCUGGCCCAGCCAAGAUGCCCAGUGCCCGCGAGGAACAGGCCAGCCUGACUGUGCACGGCCCUCCUGCGGCUCCUCCCACCGGCCCGGGGCUGGGCCGCUACUCUGUCACCACAGAGGCCCAUGUCCGGCUACACAGAUGGGGGCCCAGCAGUCCUGCUGCUGCCGUUCCCGUGGACGCGGGCAGCAGGACACCUGCGCGUGCUAGGGGCGCCCUUGCUGCGUGCACCUCUGCUGAUGGGCAGUCCUGGCUCGCGGGAGAACACACAGCACGCGCACAGAAGCCACCACGGACCCGUCUCAGCAGGGAUCUCGAGGCCCCGCCGCUGCCGCCAUGUGGAGCUGUGGCCCGCUCAACGGCACGGGCAGCAUGGAGGACCAGCUCCUCUGCCAGCACUUCUACGUGGUCCUGUCUGUCUUCUCUCUGCUCUACUUGGUCAUCGGCGUCCCCGUGGGCCUGGGCUACAACGCCCUGCUCGUCCUGGUCAACCUGUACGACCAGAGCAGCAUGACCAUGCCCGACGUCUACUUCGUGAACAUGGCCGUGGCAGGCCUGGUGCUCAGCGUCCUGGCACCCGUGCACCUGCUGGGCCCCAGCGCCUCCGGGUGGGCCCUGUGGGGCUUCAGCAGCGAGGCCCACAUCACACUGCUGGUGCUGUUCAAUGUCUCCUCCCUGGUGACCAUGUACUCCACGGCCCUGCUCAGCCUCGACUACUACAUCGAGCGGGCUCUGCCACGCACCUACAUGUCCAGCGUCUACAACACCAGGCACGUGUGCGGCUUUGUCUGGGGCGGGGCCCUGCUCACCAGCUUCUCCUCCCUGCUGUUCUACAUCUGCAGCCACGUGGCGGCCAGGAUCGUCGAGUGCUCCAAGAUGCAGGACACAGAGGCUGCUGACGCCAUCAUGGUGUUCAUUGGGUAUCUGGUCCCCACCCUGGCCGUGCUCUAUGCGCUUGCGCUCAUCUCAAGGAUCCGGAAGGAAGACACGCCCCUUGACCAGGAUGCGGGGAGGCUGGACCCCUCAGUGCACAGGCUUCUGGUGGCCACCGUGUGCACGCAGUUUGGGCUCUGGACGCCUCACUACCUGACCCUCCUGGGGCACACGUUGCUCGCCUUGCGGGGGAAGCCCAUGGAUGGGCACCACCUGGGGAUUCUGCUCUUUGCUAAGGACUUGUCGAGAUUCCUGGCCUUCUCCAGCAGCUCCGUGAUGCCACUUCUUUACCGCUACAUCAACAGAAACUUCCCCAGCAAACUCCGGCGGCUGAUCAAGAAAAUGCACUGUGGGCACCAGAGCUGCUCCCCAGACCAAGUGGCAGUCCAGCAGGUGAUGGCAUAGAGAGCCGGUCCUGGGGCCGCCAUCAAUGCUCACCGCAGGCUCACCUGGAAGUUGGCUGAGGGUGCACGCCCCACAGGCAUGGUCCACUCCCAACUCCCGGGAGACAGGUGACUGACACUUCAAUUGGAUGCAUGGCACUUUGUCACUGUCUUCCCCAGGAGGUCACUGCGGCAAGAACAAAGGACAGCACAAGGCGUGUUCUGGCCAAGUUUUCUGUUGUUCAGAAAGGCCAUGUUGUUCAAAGCAACAGGGGCCUGGUGUGAAGGAAAGCUGUGUCAGCCCUUCUGCCCGAGGUGUGUGCACCGCGCAGUCCUCCAGGUCCACGCCCUCGGCCUCCUCCACACUGGGUCCCCGGAGCAAAGUGAUGACAGUCAAAAGCCAGUAUUUAUACUUCGUCUUGUUAAAAUCCUUGGUUCCCUCUCUCACUUUAUUUUUGUUUAUAAAGAGAGAUCUGAUAGAAAAGUCACAACAGUAUGAAAAUGAAGGAAGCAACACAAAAGAGCACCCGCGUCGGAAGGGUGGGUGGGGGUGGGCUUGGAGGCUGCAGGGUCGCAUGGAGGAGGUGCACGGUGUCACACACACAGGUGGCGUGAAGAUGCUUAGAAGGAGAAAGCCAGUGGUGUGGCUGGUCUUAAUCAGAGUAAAGUAGCUCACAGCUCUCCUUGCCCACCGAACGCACCCAGUACCCCUGCCGCUCUCCCCGCUGACAUCAGCUGGCCUUUGCCGUACAGGCCAACUCCCCAACGUGGCACCAAACUCAACAAUACAAAUAAACUGAAGAAAGGAAAAGGCGGUUAACGCUGACACUGGAAGGGACUGCCCAGGGGAAAGACAAGCCUGGAAGACCGAGCCUCGUCUGACGCAGGCGCGGAGCGUGGGGCCGCUGCCGCGGGGAGCCCGAGACCCACCUGCUUAGCCAGAAGUAGCAUGCGCCUGGAUCCUUCCACACCGUGGCCUGUAAACAUCUGCUUUAAAACUGUGGGAACAGAAGCCCCCUGUCCCCCACACCACCACAACAUAUCCCAGGCCUGCAGCCCCUAACUCCAACUCUGAAAUCCACAAAACUCGAAAAGCAGGAAGAUUUGUUUUUCAGGUUGGCAGCAAGUUCAUUUGGUAGCAAACCCUGAUCUGAAGUGGUAGGAGGGCACUUUUCUGAGGAAACAGGAGUGUGAUUAUGGGGCCCUGCCCCAGGCCCACUGUCCCAUAGCGUGCAGUACACACGGCAUGUUACUGUGUGUGCGCGCAUGCACAUGCAGAAAACAGACCCACAGAAGUUGUUUGCUGAAGGGACUAUAAACACGCACAUUCCUUAAAAUGUGGUUUAUAUUUCAACCGAAGUUUCCUUGCAGUGUUACAGUUACAGAGGGAAUAGCUUGGGUUGGAAUUGGUAAUUUGGUAACACCAUCCUGCUUUUAGGGUUGUGCAUCCAGAAAAAAAAACACCUGCUUUGUUUUUGGUCGAUGCUCAGUAAUGCACCAUAUUUAUUUAUUUAUUAUUGUUAUCUUUUGACUCCCUUCACCCAUUUCUCCCACCAAUCUGUUGUUUCUAUGACCUUGGUUGUUUUUUCAAAGAUCCGCCAUAUAAGUGAGGUCAUACGGUAUUUGCCUUCCUCUGGCUGACAUUUUCCUCAGCACAGUGCCCUACUGGUCCCUCUGUGUUGUCACAAAUGGCCAGGCUUCAUUCCUUUUUAUGGCUGAUGUUCCACACUGUAUGUUCUGUGUCUAUGUACACACACACCCCACACCUUCCGCGUCCACUCGUCCAUCGAGGGACACUUAGCUGCUUCCGUGUCUUGGCCAUGGUGAAUAAUGCUUGGGUGAACAUGGGGCUGCAGACGUCUUUUCAGUUGGUGGUUUUGUAUCCUUUGGGUAAAUACCCACAAGUGUGAUGACUAGGUCGUAGGGUAGUUCUCUUUUUUUAACUUUUGAGGAAACUCUGUACUGAGUGGCUGCACUGGUCUGCAUUCUCACCAAUGGUGCAUGACGGUUCCCCUUUCUCCACAUCCUCACCAGCUCUUAUCUCGUCUUCUUGAUGAUGGCCAUCCUAACAGGUGUGAGGAGCUCUCCCUCUGUGGUUCUGAUGUGCAUCUCCCCGGUGGUGAGGGAUGCAGAGCACCUUCAUGUACACGUUAGCCAUCUAUGUGUUCUUUGGAGAAAUGUCUAUUCUGACCUUCUCCCCAUGUCGUAAUCAGAUUUCAUUUUGCUACUGAGUUGUAGGAGUUCUUUAUAUGUAUUUUGGAUACUAGUCCCGUAGGAGAGAUAUUAAUGUACUAACUUGUGACAACCUGAAAACUUCUGAGUUCUGACAUAUCUGGUCUGAGGAUAACAGAGUGUGGCUCGAUUUUCUGCCACAUUCCAUGCAGGGAAGUUGCUCCAUUUGGUCCUGGUCUCUUGGGAAAUUGAGCCCAUGACCUAGUUGCCAUUGGUUUUCUAUCUGCACAAUGUAUCCCCUCUAGGAUGAUGUGACUGAGUUAAGAGUCCGCCUGUGCAGAAUCAUGAAAGUACACUGGAUGCCAUGGCCCUGGUCCCGCUUGCCCCCGGUAGCUGUGAAACUCUGGACCAGUUCUGUGGGGCCCAUCUACUUCCCUGACAGUAGGUCCGGGCAGAAUGAGAGAAGUUUCUGGGUUGCUUCAGUCAGGAACGUGCUAUUUCUACUGAAGGACAGGGUCCCCCCUCUGCUGCUCCAGGUCUUCAGAUGCACCGGGGUUUCUUUUCAAAUCCCAAAAGCCUCAGGCCUGACCCCCUCCACCCUCCUCAAGCUGUGGGCUGCACGACGGGUAGUCCCGAGGCCACGGCUCCUCUGGGAAUGCCUGGUGUUGGCUGAGUGACCGGUGCGGCUGCACGGGCCCCAGCACAGCAGCCGUAGAACCUCUCACCUGCAACACGCCUGCUACUGCUUCACCUCUAGUUCUGCCACGGCUGGCGGGCGGGCGGGCGGGCGGGCGGGCGGGCGGGGCUGGGGUCAUGCCAACGUCCACCAUGCACAGCCAGGCUCCUGGCUCAGGAAGCCAGCACCAUUAUUAGCAGAAACGGGAUCCAGCGGGUGGGCUGGUUUGUAGUGGCAGUUGCUGUUUCAAAUAAAAAGACCCUUUUCCUUGCUUAUCUGUUCUGCUCUUUGCUUGAGGAGAAAAAGCUCCUAGGAGAGAGGGAAAUCCCAAGAGCACAGAGCUAGGGGCACAUGGGUCUCUGCCCACAACCCUUGAGUUUCUCACCCCAGCUGGGGUCCCCCAAACAGGAGAGGGACCUAAAAUCACUGAUUUGUUUUCAAUUUCUCAGUGGCUCUGGUUGCAAACUAGCUUGUUUCUGGUGAUGUCCAGGGGCCUGAGGGCUGAGGACAGAACGGAGAGUCCUGGUGGCUCCAGCAGCUGUGUGACCGCCGGGGGUCCCUCCCCCUUCCCAGCGCCCACAUGUGCUGGUGACACAGGGCCCGAGGCAUGUCGCAGCCUGGCAGUUCUUCCUGGUGAAGCACAGGCCUGAGGCAGGCUGGGUCUCCCGUGCAGAUCCUGACCUCUAACGGAGACCCCCACCACUGCUUUUGCAGCAGCCCCGGGUCUCACAGACGUGUCUUCACCUCCAUGCUCUUCUUCCUGCUGGGAACACCUCUGCCACCAACCCACAUGCUGCAGAACCUACUCUCCAUUUCACAUUUGUUCAUCCACAUUCUUGUGCUAAAUUCAUCUCGGGUGAAGCUGGUGUGACCUAACCCUUCUCUUCCAGGUAUGGGAGCUUCCAACACUUCUGCCAAGUUGCCAAAAAAAAAAAAAAAAAAUGGAAAGAAUUUUGAGCUGAGAGGAGAAUGAGCAGCUAUUUGGAAAAGCUAAAGUAGACUGUGAACUCAAUCCUAUAUAUAUAUAUAUUUUUUUUAAUUGACCAAUCUAUACUUCCCCCAGUGAAAGUUUAUAUUCCAAGGUCAUUAAUUUUGUUACCAAAAUCUUGAUAAUUACACUUUUAAAAUUAAUCUUAUUUUUGUUAAUCCACAAACACUCAUCUAUCUUGCCAUGCUUGUUUAAGAUUCCAAAAGGUGAGUUUAAUCUUAGGUUAACUUCAUGAAGGUUAUAGAAUUUAUCUUAGGAAACCAGAGGUACCGCUAAUUGCGGCAGACAUGUCGAUGAGUCAAACAUCCAUUCCCUCAUAGAAAGCACUUGAUAAAGGAUAUAAACCUGGAAUCAACUAUUAAGACGCUAAGUUACAAGCCCAGUUCUUGAAUUUAAAAUCGGUUGGAAAAUUGGGGGCUUUUUCAUUUCUCAUCCGUUAAAUCUGCUCCCGUGGAUGCACCCAUUGGUCUAAAGUUCUACAUAAAUGAGGCAGGAAAACCUGCUAAAGAAAAAACCCACACAUUUGAAGAUUUAAAUUAUUUGAUAUAUAUUAUCCAAUUCUGGAAUUCUUAAAAUGUGUAUUUCCAGGGGUAUAGGCUGUAGAUCAGCAAAUGGCACAGAACUUAUUACCGUAAGAUCGGUAUUUCCCCUGGUCCUACAGACCCUGACGUCUCCAGUUGUUUCUCUGCGGCUCAGGGUUACAAUCACAGUAAGGCGACCGGUCGCGGCCACGUACGGUGGCAGAGUGCACCGCAAACACCACCACACAGGCCAGCCACGAAGGCCAGCAGAGAGCCUUACAACUCCUGCAAACGUCACUCUUCCCGGAGAAUAAAAAUUUAAAAAUUGCUGACCACAUCCUGGGGGCUGAGGACAGAACAGAGUGUCCUGGUGGCUCCAGCAGCUGUGUGUGUGGGGGGGGUCCUGACCCCUCUGCAAGAGGUCAGCAUGCCAUGCACACAGUGAGCUCUCAAUAAAGUUGAAAAGUGAAUGAGCCAUCUAAGAAUGAAAGAAUUUGAAGAUACCCAUUUUAUCUUAAUAAAGAAUAUGCAGUUUAAA